GUGAGGGACACUGGGGGCUCUGCUUGGGCUCCUAGGCCAUCCUGGGUGCUGCAGGAAGCAACAUGACAUAGGGGGCUCUGCCUAGAGGUGCACCAGCCAUGACGCAGCAGCCGCAAGUGGAGACAGAUGUCAUCGGGGCCGGUGAGGGGCCACCUCGGGCCGUGCCCUGGUCGGCCUGGGUCACGCGGCAGGACUGGGUGCGCUGGUGCCUGUGCUACGUGCCUCGGAGCUGGGUCCAGUGGUGGGCCACGUCGGGCUGGCGGCAGCCACUCCAGCGUGUGCUGUGGGGGCUGGAGGGCUUCCUCUACCUGCUGCUGGCCCUGAUGCUCUGCCAUGCGCUCUUCACCACCGGCUCCUACCUGCUGAGCUCCUUGUGGCCCGUCAUGGCCGCAGUGUGGCGCCACCUGCUGCCCGCCAUCAUCCUGCUGGUGCUCAGCGCCCUCCCCACCCUGCUCUUCUCCGCCUCCUUCCUUCUGCUUUUCUCCACGCUGCUGAGCCUCGUGGGCCUCCUCACCUCCAUGUCUCACCCAGACUACACUCAGGACUUGGACCAAUAGAAGGGCAACCCCAUGCCGCUGCCUGUGUCUCUUGAGCCCUGG